AUGAGGAAACUAACUGUCCUGGCUAGUUUUUUGUUUUUAGUUGAUUAUUCGGAAGCGGAAUUAUUUAAAAGCCACCCAACGCGAGUAAAACGCAACGAUUUCACCAACAACUAUGGCUACGGACCGUUCGGAAUAGGUCCGACAAACGGGGGCUUCGAUAGUUACGGCUUCUACAGAGACAAAUUCUACAAUUCGGGACUUCCUCCAUUGUAUUCAUUCGCUUCGUAUCGUAACUACUAUCACGAGAUUUCAUUCCACAAGAACAAGUAUGGACAACCGGCGCCAACCGAUUUCGAGGUUUUGCAACAGGAGAGAUUUGGACCAUACUACGACGGUGUGUGGGGAUACGCGGAUCACUCGAAAAAUUGGUUUGGAAAACGAUGA